UAUACAGGUAUGUGCUGUCUUAGAUGUAUUAGUAUAAGUGCCAUGGUGGUUUAGUAUACCUCCAUAUACCAUGAAUUUUCCCUGCAGGUGGGAGAUACUCCUUAGCUUGUGGAUACAAGUGGUCUUUGUGCCUGGGAUACAUUGCGAGGAAGGAACUGUCAGUCAUCUUUCAAGGGAAGAUGUUUUGCUCUUUAAGGAUGAGCAGGAUCCUAAAUGUUUCACCCGCACAGAAGAGGAUUUCACCUGCUUUUUUGAGACCCAAAACAACAGGACUUAUGAUUUUUUCUACAAGUUUGACAUGACAGACGAAAGAUGCGAUCUGUCUGUCCAGAGAACAGAAGAGAGAACUUUCCUCCACAUCUGCUCGUUUCCUGACUCAGAUGUUUUCUUGAACGUCGGGAUGCACCUUAAAGUGGUGGAGCACAACACCAACACCAGCCUCUACGAUCGGACUGUCUCUGUGGAAGACCAUUUGCUCUUGGAUCCCCCCUUCAAUGUGUCCUUGCAUCAAAAUGACCAAGCUGGACAGCUGCAGGUUUCAUGGCACACAAAGGUGUCAAAAUACUGGGAAGAUAAGGUGCAGUACAAGAUUCGAUACUCUUCCAAGGGGCUGGAAGAGAAGACAAAAGAGUGCUUUCUACAAGGAAAAGAGAAGUGUGAUGGUGCAGUGGUAACACUGGUACCAGGGGAGGAGGUUGAGGUCCAGGUCGCAGUCAAGUGUGCCAACAGUGAAGAUGCAGGACACUGGAGCCGCUGGUCACACCCUGUGCAAGCUGUGGCUCCCCAAAGUGCAGAUGAUAUUUCACUAUUGUGCUACACCUCUGACCUGCAAAACAUCACCUGUCAGUGGAAUGGUAGCAGAUACAGCAUGCAAAAUGAGUACAAACUUUCCUACAAGAUGAGUCUCAGUGGAGCUUUGGGCUGGACAGAAUGGGCAGAGUGUCUGGCUGACAGGGAGUUGACUGACCUGUGCAGUUUCCAUGGAGAUGAAUCCAGAAAAGUCAGGGUCAAGCUCAGCAACACACCAGCUCCACUCAGCAGAACCUUCUUUACUCAAGAGUUCACUCUUAACAAGAGCAUCAGAACACCCCCACCGGCUCAUCUGAGAGGAGCGCUGAAGAAAGAUAAGUUGUGCUUGAAAUGGGAAACUCCUCUUCUGUCUCUGUCGGGUCACCUACAGUAUGAAGUCGGCUACCAAAUUAGAGGGGGUGAAGCAUGGAUGAUGGUAUCCCCAAAGGGUCCAGAGCCUGGCACGUGUCUAGAGGUUCCAACAGGUAGCCGGUACAGUGUUAAGGUCAGAGCUAAACCUAAUGGAUCCAUUUACUCAGGCCACUGGAGUGACUGGUCAGAUGUGCUCACUGGAGACACCCCUAUUGAUAGAGGCACUUGGCUCAUGGUGUGUAUCCCUGUCAUGAUGCUGAUUACUGCUGUCAUCCUCAUCUCCUUGUUUUCCACGUACCUCAGCAAGCUCAAGCAGUAUUUUUGGCCUCCAGUGCCCAACCUUGACAAAGUCCUACAAGGCUUUCUGACAGAGAUCAACAGACAGAAAUGGGAUCCUCCAGUCACUGCAAAGCAGUGCUUAGACGACACCACUGCAUCUGUGGUGGAGAUCAUGUAUGAAGAUGAGGUUUCAGAAUUGGGGAAGCCAUUAGAGGAAUCCACCCAGCUCCUGACACCAGAGGGAAGCUGCUCCAGCGGAGGACAGUUAGAGGGGAGCAUUGGGACACAACCAGAAGUCUUUCCAGACUAUGUGACCCUUAACAGAGACAGUGUCUUUCUUAGCCCAAAAGGAAACAAGUAUGUCUGUGAGCAGGUUGGAGAGAAAAGAGACCCGGAGGUUAGCGGUGAGCUCCUUCAAACAGCAUGUCACUGCAGUGAUGGAUCAGUCUGUGUCCCACCUUGCUUAAGCAUUGAUUUCCUUAACCAUUCCUACUUGCCUCUGGCUGAGCUUGCAAACAAAUUUGACUGUAACGUCACUGCUACAAGGGGGCCAGGCAACCUUUAUACUAAUUUCCCCUGUAGCUAAGUGUACAGCAUAGCAAGUUGAGGUUGAGGUACGUGUUUUCCGCUGGCGCAGAUUUCAUGUAUACUAUGCACUUAUACAUUGAAAUGAUAGUUUGCUGCAAAUUGACAAGGAUAUAUACAUCCAUGUUUACAGAUUUCUCUAAAACUUAAUGCGCUCCAUGUCUUAGCAAAGGUCUGUGACCAUCUUUUCACAGUAUAAAGUGUGUUAGUGGUGAUCAUGUUUUAUGUCACAUGGUAUCAUGCCUCCAACAAGACUAUGACAUUGCUAGGGCAGUUGAAGCUUUUGGCUUAAAUGCUGUUUAAGAUAUUUAGGCAUACUAGAUUAUAUAUUAAUUUUAUAUUUGUACAUAAGUGCUUAAAGUUUCCUCCAUAUCAGGGUGGAUGGUGUACGUAUUUACUUCUAUAUUUUAUGUCCACUAGAGGGAACAGUAGAUCACAAAAUACUUUUUGUGAGACUGCAAGACAAGACUCUACUCAGUGGCUUUGGUUAUCAAAAGAACUGUAUUGUAAAGUGUUUGUUAGCAAUAAUUAGUAACAACUAGCAAUAGUUGGUGGUUUUAAGAGUGCUGUUAUAUGCUUAGAGUAAAGUGAAAGAAGAAGAAAAAAAGGUGAAAAACGAGGUGGCAUGAGGGCUUGGGACUAUUAUAAUCACACGAGGUAUCAGUUUUUUAAAAUUUAGCAGUUGAAUGUAGCGUCUUCUGUAUUUUACAUGAGUGAAUGUUAUAUAUUUUACUGAAUGUGGUUUUUCAAAUCUUUUUCAUUGUUUGUUGUUAUACAGUCAUUCACAUAAGCAUAUAGUCAUAACAUAACAUAAGUCAACCAUUUAUAUUGUACAUAUUUUCUGUGGAUUUUUUUUUUUUAUGAGUUUAAAGAAUUUAAGUUGAGGCUGAUGAUGUCCAUGAGGACUACUGAUCAUUUCUUCACCAUCAUUUUCUUCAACGUAACAGCUGAAACAAGCUUUUAGUUCAUUAUACAUUGUAUUAUAACU